CGAUUAUGAUUGUACAUCAUAAUUAAUUUAAAUAAAAUAUGUACAAUGGAAGACGUCAUCGAUGCGAGUAUCAUAAAAGCUACGCAAGUGUCUUUAGGAAAAUAUGUAAAACGGCCACCACUAAACGACAAGUUGUUAAAAAAGCCCCCAUUCAGAUUUCUUCAUGAUAUUAUUACAACAGUGUUAAAAAGCACAGGAUUUUUUAAUGGAUUGUUUGAAGAUGUAGAAUUAAUAUCUGAUAAUGUAAAAGAUAGAGAAAGCAAAAUUUUAUUUCUUACUAAAGUAAUAUCGGUUGUGGAAAAAACAACUGGAAAAUCCUUGAGUGUAAAACCCUCUAAAAUAGUAGCUGGUCAAGAACCGGGGAAAACAAAUGAAUUACUACAGUGCCUUGCGUUUGCAUUAGAUAAAAAGCUCUCUUCAGACGAAGCUGUAAAACUAUAUAAAGAAACAGGCAAUCUAACUAUUUCGAGUGAAAAAAAAGGUAAAGAUGCGCCUAAAUUAGUUAAAAAGGGUAUAGAUACUAAAAAAUUAUCGUCAAAAAGUACUGAGAAGUUGGUCAAAAUUGAUAAAAACCCAAAUAAAACGAAAAUAAGGGAAAACUCUACAAUAAAAAAGGAGUCUCCUCCCAAAAAAACAACAUCGCAAACAUCGAAAAUAAUAAAUAAAAAAGGUCAAGAAAAAGAAAUACAAGAACUUAAAAGUGUGACAACAAAUCUAAAUAAAAUUAAUAACUCCAAUGUGGUCGAAUUAGCAGAGCCCACACUUGAUUCCGUAGACACUGAUUCUAAGAUUGACAUUCACAAUAUAGAAAUAUCUCAAGAAAAUGGCAGCUCUACGUUAUCUAUCUCUAAUUUAGAAAACACGAAUGAAGCUAAUGGUAAUUACCGUAGUUUGGUUGACGAAGAUGUAACAAUUUCUCAAGAUAAAGUAAAAGUAGGAUCUCUUGACUUAACAAACGAAAUUGGAAAUGCUGAAAAUAAUGAUGCUAAUAAGGAUGACGUACAUGAAAGAGUAUCAAACAAUCAUGAAAAUGAAAUUUUCAGUAUUGAAUUAAAUAAAAAUUCUUCCCUUAAUUCAAAUGCAACUACUAAUAACGAAACCAUAUGCAAACAGGACAAUUUAAAUACAAGUCAGGUAGAAUCUGAGGUCAAAGUAUCUGAGUCAAAAGUUGUAAAUAUUCCGCAGAGACCAAACAGUGUCAGAAGACCAUCGUCAUCAAGACCCGGUGCACCAAGAUUUCGAGAUAAACAUGAAAUUAUUUUAUCAGCCGUAGAUAAUCUUGUUGUUGGUAAAGUAAAUAUAAUCGUUGAAAAUACGACACAUGAAGAGGAAGAAGAAUCUAGUAUCGUAAUUGUAGAAAACACAGACACGUCAACGAAUUCUCAAGAUCAAAAUGAUCAAAUGCAAAUGUCUUCUAAUCAGCAUGGUCACCUUGUACAACAAAUAUUAAACGCACAAAAGGAAUUUUCCGAAGUCAACGGCAAAACUAAUAUUGAGUGGCAAUUUGGGGCACAAAAAGCAAGAGACGUUGUUAAUCAGGAAAUAGAACAAUUAAGGUUUAACGUGCAAGCUCUAUCGCGUGUCGCUAACCCUUUAGGAAAACUUUUGGAUCAUAUUCAGGAAGAUGUCGAAAUUAUGCGCCAAGAACUGCAACAAUGGACUAAAACUUAUGAAGAGGCUACAAAACAAUUGCUGAAACAAAAAACAGUCAACGAGGAAUCCUUACUUCCGCUUCACUCAAAAGUAAAGCACUUAGAAGCGGAUAUAGUGGAGAAAUAUGAUAAAAUUAAUGAUCUUAAAAUGGUCAUACACAAAAAUACAUUAAGAAUCGAAAAGUUGUUAGCUAGCGGGAACGUGCAAUAAAAUUACUGUUUCUUUUGUUUAUUGUUAUAUUUCUAUUG